AUGAGCACCCUCAAGGCGGCCUUGCGCUUCCCGCCAGCGUAUCCUCCUCCUCCUCCUCCUCCACCGCCCGAGCCUCAGCACCGCACCCUCACGUCGCGUUUCUCCGCCGACACGCUCAUCAUCAAGUCUCCACCUCGUCCAUUUCAGCGUAUCUUCACCUCGGCAAACUCGUCGCCUUCACCUCCCGCCUCUCCCCUCGCCGCGGCGACGAAGCGAUACCAUCGUCGCAUGUCUUCGACAGCCAAGCGGCACGAUGCGGAUGGCGACAGACGCUCCGCGUCGGACGACGCCGAGACGCGCAGUCGUCGUCGGCCUUCACUCGAAGACCAGCAGCGCAGGCCGCGCCGCUCCCACUCCGCCUCGAGGAGCCGGACGGCAAGCAGCGGAAGCACUACCGCUGCCGAGAAACUCGCAGGCGCAGCGAAGGAGGUCAUCGAGAAGCUCGCCCUGCGCCGGCCUGGUCACGCUCGCCAGCGAAGCGGCGCCAGCGAGGCCAGCGUUGAAACGCUUGCAUCGGGGCGAUCGCGACCUCGCUCGACAUCCUCUCCCUCGCCUGGCCCAGUUCGUCCUGGUCGCGUACCAGAGCGACCCGCCAGCCCGCCAUUCAAGCUCGUCGACCUUCCGCCGCGCUCCGAUUCGCGCAAUGCCGCCGUGGCAGACGUGAAGCCGCACGACGCGCACGUUCCAGCACCACCAUCGCUCGCGUCUAGCGCUUCCAACGGCGCACACCCAGGUCGUCUCCCUGCACUCGCCGCGAGCCGUCCUCGUCCCAAGCGGAUCCCGCCGCAUCUUCCGCUUCACCAGCGUCCAACAUCCCCUCCUUCGCCCUCCAUACCUCCUCUGCGACCCGCUCCGAGCCAGAUCACCCUCGACAGCCACUCGACCGCGUUCAAAGCGAUGCUCGUCAAGCCGCCGACUUUUGCAGCCAUUCUGACCAAGUCUGCCAGCGAGCUGCUCGUCCGCAUCGACAUCGGAGGCCAGUCAACCUAUGCGACGACUGUGGAAACGUUACUCGCGACCCGAGACGGUGGGAACGCCGUGUCUGGCAGAUUGGGCGAGUUCGUCGAGUCGAUCCUCGACGACGUGCGUCGGACAGGGGCGAAGCUAGCGCGACUCGCCGAGCAGCCUCCUCGCGUGAGGGGUGCGACAACCGAAGUCGAUGUCUCGGUGAAGCACCUCGACAUUCCAGCGCGUAUCCCUACAGACGACGAAUCAAGCGCCAGCUCGAUCAGCCGCACGCCGUCCUUUGCACCCUCGCCCCUCCCUGCCUCGCCCUUUCCAUUCGCCGACGAUUGCUUCGCAAGCGACACGGCAGGCGAUAUCGUCUUCUCCGGCGGCGAGGAUCCGGCGAGUCCUAUCGACCCGCUCGUCAGUACAGCCGCCGCCGUCAUCGCCGCCAAGAACAUCCUUUCCGCUUCACGCGGUGCCGGCGCCGGACCAAGUCUGGUUCCUCAGCCUCCGCCGGCUCUCGAAUCUUGCGACGUACAGCGAGUCUGCGUGGUCGAGUCGCAAGCUGCUGUCGCGGGGAGGCACAAGUCCAUACACCCGGACCUAGGCCACACGCUCAGCUUCGGUCCCGAAAUGGCGAGCCCACUGCCUUUCGUCGUGUCCUCGAGCGUCGCGAGGUACGAUGACUGCGCGUCUUUCGACUUCAGCAGCGCAUUCCGACAAGGCCUUGAACCCUUCUUCGACGUCGUCCGCGGGCAAGCGCACGAAUCGCUAUCGCUCCUCUCGCCGCCAUCGUGGCCAAUAGACUCCUCACCCUCACCGUCAUCGCCCGUUACGGUUGCGAUGUUUCCUUCGUCGCCGGACGGCGUCAUUCAUGCCCAGCAGGUCGCUGUCGAACGCGCCUCGCUCGACUACGGUCUCUCGGAUGAUGCCCUGGAGGAGAUGGUCGGCCUCGUAGCAGCACCGCAGCGUGACGGCGCAGUAGCGGCGUCAACUACCAGCGCACGGACGCCUUCGCUGUGCAGCAGCGAGUCCGACGCUCCUCAGCAAGCGGCCUCUGGCGGCGGUUCGGCAUGUCGACACCCGACUCGGCCUGUAUCCCUCGACGACUUGACGAUGCACAUCUUCCUUGACCGCACAGACGCCGCUCUGCCCACGGCGACGCCUCACCACGAUCUCGAUACAGCCUCGCCGUUGCUGCUCGGCGAAUCGACGUACGGGUGCCUCCUCCGUUUCUUCCGUACCGGCCGCCUUCCCCCCUCGCUUGUCCUUCCCCGCGACCCUUUGACAACCGCCGCACUCGAUGUUGAGCCGCUCUAUCUCUCACUUUUCUCACUGAAUCCGUCGCCCCUCUUCGCGCUCACGUCCGCCCUUCGAACCGUCGAGGCGGAAGCAGGUUGGCUCGGAUGCAGCGCGGUGCAGACGGCGUGCAAAUUUGAGCGUAAUCGCGUGCAGCAGGUCGUCGAAUGGCUGUCGACAACGAAGGCGGGCGCGCAGGGCGGGCAGCAGGGCAAUUGUGGUCGAACGGAGGGUCGGCCGGCUAGGGUGGGCUGGAUCUAG